AUGUCGGGCAUGUCGGGCAUGUCGGGCAUGUCGGGCAUGUGUGAAAUGCAUGCCCAGGGCCGGGCACUGAGCAUGGGGAAACGCCGCAGAUCGCGAAGCUCGCUGUGCGGCUCGGCUCUAUGCUUCAAGUGCCCGGGCCUCCAAGUUGAUGGCACCCUCUUUGCGGAUAAAUUCUUGUCUCCUUUAAUCCUUCAUCGUCUCCUGCGUGCCUUCACCUGCCUUCACACGCCUUCACGUGAGCAUUUCAGGGCCCAUCUAUGCCCAGCGUCUCUACCUGGGCUGCUGACCCUGGCGGCAUGA